AUGGCUGCAACCUACAAGUACCCGUGUUGUGACUGCAAUGAAUCGUACGAUGCCAGCGUCCAGUGCGAAAGAUGUGAAGAAUGGUACCAUUUCGAGUGCGUUGGUGUCGACGAAUCCGUUGCAGAGGUCAUAUGGUUCUGCUCGACCUGUAUCGGUGAGGAUAGAUCGAUUCGUGAGUCGCUGGGGGCACCAGGACGGACCAGGAUUCAUCCGGUGGUGAUCGAUCAUCCAUCUGCUAAUGCUGAAGGUAGCGGUACAGAGGUCGGUAAGGUAGCAAAUAAGAACAUAUCAUCGACUAAACGUCGCAUAAGUAGGGCCCAAGCACAAGAUGAUGAUAGCAAUAAAUCAGAUCAGGAGCAGGAAAGUUCUGAUGAAGACGAAAAUCAAGACGUGGCAAAGGAAAAAGUAGAAGACCACGCAAAGUUCUUGAAUGAGCUUUUAAAAUCGUUUGAUCGUUGUCAUAGUCAACCCGUGCGCGUACAAUCGAGUAAAUCGAGUGGUAUCGGUAAAAGGGGACUCCGGAAAAGUGCCAGUGUACCGUCGGCAAAGUCUGCCUCGACACGUUCUCGUGCGUUGAAGGAACUUCGCGAACUGGAGGAGAAAAACAAGUUGGACGAACUCGAGGAGGAAAACCAACGGAAAUUUCUGGAACUUCAACGAAAGCAGAUUACCAGACGAAAAGAAGCGCUCAAAAGGAGGAUCGAAUUGAGGAUGAUCAUCAACGAGGAUGCUGAAGAUGAUUCGGAUUCAGUGAACGAAGAAGUGGAAGAAUCGACGAACAGAAGCAGGAAAAAGCAGCCGGAGGAGCAGAUCCCGAAGAGUUUGGGUGCAAUUCCGAUGGUUCCACGAAAAAGGUCUACCGAAGAUGAUAUGCAGGACCUAUAUGAUCGCUUCAAGAAACUUUUGGAAGAAAAGAAUCCUCGAAAGUCAGCACCAAAGCUGCCCACCACGAAGAAGAGCACCAAGCGUGCAUCGAAUCCGGUACUGCCACGCCCUUCUUUUGAAAAGGAUGAUGACGCACUGAGAUCAAUCCUUGGUGGCGGGGACUCCGAUGAUGAAGUCAUUGUGGAAGGACCAACACGGCUCCAAAUAGCAUCCCGUCAGGUCUUUCCACGGAGUCUACCCAAGUUCUACGGAGCAGCCGAAGAGUGGCCGAUAUUCAUCAGCGCUUAUGAGCAAGCAAACUUGUCGUGUGGAUUCACCAACGCCGAGAAUUUGGUUCGCUUACAAGACGCGUUGAAGGGUAGAGCGUUGGAAACGGUUCGGAACCGAUUGCUGCUACCAGAAAACGUGCCGCUUAUCAUUGAAAAGCUGCGGAAGAGAUUCGGGAACCCGGAAAUUCUAUCAACCAGGUUAGCAACCAAAGUUCAACAGCUAGAAGGACCCAGCUCGGAGAGUUUGGAGUCGGUGAUCGAGUUCGGAAGUGCGGUUGAAGAAUUCACCCAGCAUCUCAAGGCAGCAGGACUGGUUGACCACUUGAAGAACCCAAUUCUAAUGCAGAGUUUAGUCCAAAAACUGCCAUCGUAUUAUGCUAUGGAGUGGGUGGACUACAAACGUCGCGCUAGAACGGUCGAUUUGGAGACGUUUGGUGGUUUCAUGGAGGGUCUGGUGGAAAAGGCAUUGGAAGCGACCUUCGAAAAAGCAGAGUUGGACGGAAAGGUCAAAAGAAAGGCUUUCGUUCAUGCUACAGACGGAAGAAAUCAAGACAGCCAGCAAAGCCGGAUGGAGUCGAAGAUGGAGCAGAGAUCGUCGAAUCAGUUGCAGCAGAAGUCGCAAAGCCAGCCACAGCAACGAGAACUGAAGUGUUCGGUCUGCCAGAAGCCUGGACAUUAUGGAAGAUAUUGCCAGGAGUUCCUGAAACAGAGCUUGGACGAGCGGUGGAAAACAGUGAAGCGGUUGAACCUGUGUCCGCUUUGUCUGUACGACCACGGGCAACGAUCGUGUCGCAUCCGGAUAGCCUGUAAAGUGGACGGUUGUCAGGAGUACCACAAUGCUCUGCUACAUAGUGGCCCGAGUGAAGGAACCUCGCGAGCUCGAGUGCAAUGCAACAGUCAUCGUCAGCAGGAACGUGCAGUACUAUUCAGGAUGGCUCCAGUGACGCUCUACAACGGCAAGAAGAAGAUUGAUACGCUUGCUCUAAUCGACGAAGGAUCGUCAAUAACUAUCGUGGAUAGCGAAUUGGUGGAAUCGUUGGGAGCUGAUGGGCCGGUGGAAUCGUUGCAGAUGUGCUGGACAAAUGGUGUUCAGCGGACAGAGAAUCGGUCGAAGAAAGUUACGCUCGAGAUCUCCGCCAAAAAUUCGCCGUAUCGCUACGAUUUGAUGGAAGCCCGCACGGUGCACAAACUGGAUCUCCCUACACAACAGAUGGAUUCCCGGAAAUUGAAGGAGCAGUUCGAACAUCUCAAGGACAUACAGAUUCCCAGUUACGAAGUAGCUACACCGAAGGUGUUGAUUGGAAUCGACAACGCCCACCUGAUCGCGCCAUUGGACUCCCGAGUUGGAGAUUCUGGUGAGCCUGUUGCAGUUCGUUGCAAUCUCGGCUGGACGUUGUAUGGCCCGCGUCCAAAUGUCGUCAGCAGUGUAAACUUCUUGGGACAUCAUCGUUGUGUGUGUGAAGAAUGUAGCAUUGCAGAUAAGAAGCUGGAUGAAGCGUUGAAGCAGAAUUAUCAACUGGAGGAGGUCGGAACUUCGGUGAUUCGAUUGGAGUCAAGGGAAGAUCGCAGAGCGCGUGAGAUCCUAGAAAAGACGACCAAGAGAAUUGGUGAGAGGUUUGAAACCGGACUGCUCUGGAAGGAAGAUGACGUGCGAUUCCCUGAAAGCUUUGACAUGGCCUUGAAGCGGUUGCGAAGUUUGGAAGCUCGGAUGAAACGAAAUCCUGGGGUGCGAGAAAACUUGCAGAAGCAGUUGGAGGAAUAUCUCGCCAAAGGCUACGCGCAUCGCAUCACCGAGCGGGAGUUGAAAGAGACGCCGAAGGGAAUGGAAUGGUACCUACCCUUGAAUUACGUGGUGAAUCCGAAGAAACCGGGCAAGGUGCGAUUGAUUUGGGAUGCGGCAGCGAAAGCACAUGGCGUGUCGUUUAACGAUAAACUGUUGACGGGACCGGACAUGAUAACGUCGUUGCCAGUUGUGAUAAGUGGUUUCCGUGAGAGACGUGUGGCGUUUGGAGGUGACAUCAGAGAGAUGUUUCACCAAGCAAAGGUUCGUCUGGAGGAUCGUCAAGCACAACGAUUUCUGUUCCUGGGUCCGAACGGAGAGGUGGAGAUUUUUGUGAUGGAUGUCGUGAUCUUCGGUUCUAGUUGCUCGCCAUGCUCUGCCCAGUUUGUGAAGAACCUGAACGCACGCGAACAUUCCGAGCAGUACCCUGAAGCUGCAGAUGCUAUUGUCCGGAAGCAUUACGUCGAUGAUUAUUUCGACAGCACCGAUACUGAAGCGGAAGCAGUCAAACUAGCGAUGGAUGUCAGAAAGGUGCACGCAAAUGGAGGUUUCGAGAUACGGAACUGGGUCAGUAACUCGGAGGUGGUCCUGCAGGAGCUUGGAGAGCCAAAGUGCGCGGCGAAGCCUCUAGAAGUGGACAAGUCCUGCGAAUUCGAACGAGUCUUGGGGAUGUUAUGGGACCCGGAGGGAGAUAACUUCAUCUUCUCGACGGAGAUUCGGCAAGACCUUCAGCCAUACAUUCGGGAAGGUGCUUGGCCAACGAAGAGGAUUGCGUUACGGUGUAUAAUGAGUAUGUUUGAUCCGAAGCAGUUCUUGGCUCCUCUGCUCAUACAUGGCCGCAUCAUCAUGCAGGAUUUGUGGCGCAGUGGAAUCAAGUGGGACGAAAGGCUGACCGAGAAACAUUAUGAACGGUGGGUGAAAUGGACACAGUUAUUCCAUCUGAUCGACGAGAUCCGAGUUCCUAGGUGCUAUCUGGGCAGACUAGAUUCGAAGGCGUACGAUACGGUACAGUUGCAUGUGUUCACCGAUGCUGGCGAUGCGGCUUACGGGUGCGUUGCUUAUUUCCGAUUUGAGGACGGCGGAGUCGUUCACUGCGCAUUCAUCGAGGCAAAAGCGAAGGUGGCACCAUUGCAGUACCUGUCUACGCCACGAAUGGAGCUAGAAGCUGCUGUUCUAGGCGCGCGGCUGAUGAAGUCAAUCUGCGAUAGUCAUUCUGUUCCUGUUUUGAAGUGGUUCCUGUGGUGCGAUUCGUAUACUGUUGUGUCGUGGGUGAAGUCUGACCAACGAAGGUACAAACCUUUCGUUGCCCACCGAAUCGGAGAGAUUCUCAGCAUCACAAACCCUGAAGAUUGGCGCUGGGUAGGUACGAAGGACAAUCCAGCAGACGACCUAACGAAAUGGGGAAAAGGAACGGAAAUCAAGUCGGAGAGUCGUUGGUAUCGAGGUCCGGAGUUCCUGUAUAAAGACGUGUCAGAGUGGCCGAAGCAGAAACGUCCGGUGGUGGAGGUUCAAGAAGAACUACGCGCAAGCCUGCUGCUGCAUCAUAUUCUUUUGCCUGAGGGGUUGAUGGAGAGGAUGCAGCAUAUUUCUCGGUGGAUGGUGAUGGUGCGAACGGUAGCAGUAGUGUUCCGUUUUGUGUCCAACUGUCGUCGUCGGAUCAAAAAGAUGCCGAUCGAAGCGUUGCCGAUUGAUGCUAAGCAAGCUGGACGUAGAGCGUUUGCAGCAGUUGAGGUACCGUUGCGGCAGGAAGAAUAUAUGUCUGCCGAAUCGUUGCUGUGGAGGAUAGUGCAAGCAGAGGAGUUCGCGGACGAGGUGAAGACACUCAUGAAGAAUCGGGAUUCAUCUGUAGCUCAAGAUUUACCACUGGAAAAGUCGAGUCCGAUUUAUCGCUUAUCACCAUUUCUGGAUGAAGAAGGAAUUGUGCGGAUGGAAGGUCGGACCGAGGCGGCUGACUACGUGGCGUUUGAUGCGAGGUUCCCGAUCAUUCUGCCGAAAGAUCACGUGGUGACCAAGAGACUGGUGCAACAUUAUCAUCGACAAUAUAGCCACGGUAGCAGGGAAACGGUAGUGAAUGAAAUUCGGCAGCGAUACUACAUCCCUUGUCUACGCGUGUUGGUGGAGCAAGUGAUGCGGGAGUGCAUGUGCGAUUGGCUGCGAAGAUCGAUCCGUUUUCAAACGUGGGCAUCGAUUAUUUCGGACCGCUAG